AUGAACCAACAAUUUACUUCCAUGAACAAACAAAUGAAAGCCUUAUUGCAAGAAGUAAACAACGUACAAUCGGAAUCAACGCAAGGUCUCUACUUAACGUCGUCAGCACUAUCAGCAUACGCCGUACUAUCAAACUUACGACGUGUACAACAAGGUCUCAUCGACGUCAUAACUGACAUCUAUCAUGGGCGCAUUGAUACCCACCUGUUCCCGCCUGAAGAAUUGGAGGCUCAAAUUAAUAUAAUAAACCGGGAGAUACAGGAUGACCUCAAUGUGCCACUAGACAAAUCAAGUGUCAGAAGUCUUUAUAAAUUACUGCGAGUAUUUGCUCGAGUGUAUAAAGACUACCUUAUCAUGGAAAUCAAGAUUCCUCUUGUGUCCACAGAGAAAUAUGAACUGGAUAAGAUCAUCCCUCUACAAAGAGAAGAAUCAGGAAAAGGCUAUCAAAUUGCAUCGACUUAUCCCUAUUUAGCAUUUAAUUUGAGGAAGGACCUGGUCUUAUUCUUCACAGAAAACGACCUGUUGCAGUGCCUUCAUCCAAGUACAGAGAAGAUAUUAUGUUCUAUUGAUAAGCCAAUCUAUGAAAUAAGAGAAAAGCAAUCUAUUUGCGAUAUCAAAAUCAAUGGAAUAAUCACAUCAGCCUGUAUACAAAAACAGUCGACGUGCGAAAAUAAAUGGAUCAAGUUACGGCGCCCGAACGACUGGCUAUAUCAAUGUUGUCAGCAAUGCACUGUCCGCAUUUUUAGCAUACGUAAUACGGAAGUGAAGUCGUUAUCAGGCAACGGUAUUAUCACUCUAUGUCCAGGAUGCAUACUUAAGGGAGAUUCUUUCAAGAUUUACUCUCACAAGAACUUUAUCAAUCACGUGGACCAUCAUACAGAAGAGAUGGAGCUUCCACAGAUGUCUGUUGUUAACGAGAUAGUCAACACCAGCAUCCCCUCGAUGGAUACUUUUGUACCCGAGGAUCAUCAUUCAAUAUGGAGCCAGUUAAAAUCAGACAUAGAAGAUCUCAAGCAACAAUCAACUCAAACGCUGAGUGUCCACGACGUGCAUCAAUAUAGCGUGCUCUACUCGCUGGUGGCUGGAGUGAUCCUCACGGGCUUUAUCAUACUUAUCCUCUGGAUCCGAAGGAGACGGACUCAGAAGCCGGCAUUGGAGUCAAGAUUAGAAUCAGCAGCAGUACAGCCGACCGCCAAGCCGCAGCCUACACCGCGAGGGAUCACCGAGAGUAGAUCAACCCCUAACUUGCAUUCGAUUAAGUUCGAUAUUCCUUUGAGUAAUAGUUAG